AUGAAUGGACCGGCAUCUCAUUUAGCUCGGUCGUACUAUGGCAAAGUUCGUUUCUCAUCUUCUAAAGCAUCCGGACGCGUUGCCGUCCUCUACCAAGCAUUGGACCCUCCCAUUAUCAAUGGUGUCCGUAAGCCCAAGAAGCCAGGCGGUUAUCAGGACUCGGGCGCCGAUAUCGCCUACAACCUCCAACAAUGCGAUGAUGUCCAGGUUGUAACACCAAACAAAUCGCCAGAUCCUCUCAAAGAUGGGGAUUGGUGUUUUCCUGAUACCGAGGAGGGUAUUCUGGAAGCAAUUAAUAAGGGCGCAAACUAUCUCUGGUCUAAUACCAUUGUAUUCGCCUCGCAUCCAUUACAGACGUCGACUCGGCUCACUCCUUUCCAAGAUGACGUCCGAGUCAUUGGUCAAGGUCCAUUGGUAGUCGACAAAUACGAUCACAAAAAGUUUGUUAAUGAUUACUUGCGCGUUGUUGGCGGAUUCACUAUGCCACGAACAUUCACUGCGUCCUCGCUAGCCGAGGUGACCAAAUCGGCUGACGACAUCUCUUACCCAGUUGUUGCCAAGCCAAUUCGUGGGCGUGGUAGCUUCGGCGUUAAGGUGUGUCACAACAAGAACGAGUUGCUGGCUCACGCAGAGGAAUUAUCCAACAAUGCUAUGGCUUUCAUGGUCGAAGAGUUUCUCCAGGGCGAAGAAGCAACAGUGACUGUUAUGCCCCCUACUGCAAACGGCCAAGACUAUUGGUCACUUCCUAUCGUCACUCGCUUCAAUCAUCAAAGCGGAAUUGCACCAUAUAACGGUGUUGUAGCCGUUACCGCCAACUCAAGAGUUGUGCCCGAGAGUGAAAACGGACCUCUUCAUGAACGAGUGGCCAGAGAAUGUGAGCGAGCAGCCAGGCUUCUUGGAUUGACUGCCCCCAUUCGGAUUGAUGUUCGAAGAUUCAAGGACUCGUCUGAGUCACCAUACGCAUUAUUUGACGUUAAUAUGAAGCCUAACAUGACGGGACCCGGUCGUCCUGGACGUGAUGACCAAGCCAGCUUGACUUUGUUGGCUGCCAAUGGCCUCGACUGGGACUACAAGGAGCUUUUGCGACGGAUUUUGGGGACUUCAAGCACGCUUAGGACUUUGAGAACACUCAAGCCUGUAGAGAAUGAUUUGUUUUUGCCACAAUGCUUCGAUAGUUAA